AUGUCACAAGUAAUUGGCACAACCCGCCUAGCCUACUCGCGAGUAUGGCACCAAGUAUCAGCCAAAGCCCCUCACGCCGGUCUCACGACGAAAAAGGCGGCCGUGGCCGCUGCCGCCGCCGCCGCGGCCACGACCAACACAACAAGACCAACCCCGUUGAGCGCCACAACCGCCGACACCGACGUGACGCCGCCCUCCCUCGGGCGUCUGGCGUCGCGCAUCGCCGUGCUGCUCAUGGGCAAGCACAAGCCGACGUUUGACCCGUCGACCGACUGCGGCGACUACGUGGUGGUGACGGACUGCGCGGCGCUGCACACGACGGGGCACAAGAAGUGGCGCAAGACGUACUACCGGCACAACACGCGGCCCGGCAGCCUGCGCGCCGUCACCAUGGAUGUGCUCAUGGAGAAGCACGGCGGCGCCGAGGUCCUGCGCAAGGCGGUGAGCGGCAUGCUCCCCAAGAACAGGCUCCGCGACAGGCGUCUUGCGCGCCUCAAGGCGUUUGAGGGCGGCGCGCACCCGUACGCGGACAAUAUUGUGCGCUUUGGUGGCGUGCCGGUCGGGGACCGGGGAUGGGAGGCCGUGGUGGAAAGCAUACGCGCGGCGGACAAGGAGAGGUUAUAG